CUUGCUUUCUGCUCUCUUGCAGGUUCAGUUCCCCCUGUGAUUUUUGGAUCCCCUUUACACUCAGUGUGCAGUGGCUGGACCAAGUGAAAAGCAGAGACAUUGCACAGUUUGACCAAGAGGAACAGAGACAUCUGUCACUGUGAUCUGAAACAAGUCUUCAGAGAAUUUUAAAUAUGUCUAAUCCAUCAUGGCUUCCUCCGAAGAGCUCUGGAGAUGGAAUGGCGCAUGUAACUGCCAGAAUGGAAACUCAGGGUUUUGGAACUCCUAGCAUCUCUGUGUCAACACAACAGAACCCCAAGAAAUUUGCCCCUGUUGUUGCACCGAAGCCCAAAUACAAUCCAUAUAGAGGAGGACCUUCUGAAGGAGGUGAUGAUUUCCCUCCUCCUCCACCCCCACCUCCUGAAGAGACGAGCGGCAUUCAGCACCCCCACGGAAACUUCCCUCCACCUCCUGCGUCUGACGAAGCCAUGUUUAAUGUUCAGAUAAACACUGGGGGGAAGACAAUAGAGGAGCGGCGUUCAAGUUUAGAUGCGGAGAUUGACUCCUUGACUAGUAUUUUGGCAGAUUUGGAAAGCAGCUCACCAUACAAACCACGCAACCAGAGUACCGGCGGGUCAACUGGUACCUUGACUCACCCUUCAGCAGGAACUCCAGUGACUGGUCACAAGAGGAUGAUUAUACCGAAUCAGCCUCCACUCACUGCAACCAAAAAGUCAGCAGCCAAACCUCAACCACAGUCCACUUCACAGCCUGCUCCAGCAGGAUCCCCAGGAUCCCAAAGGCCACAACCUGUGCCUGCAUCUUACACUACAGCUUCUACUCCCAGUCGUCCCACCUUCAAUGUGCAGGUUAAAUCUGCUCAGCCCAGUCCCCAUUUUGUGCCACCUGGGCCUCAACCCAGCCAGCCUUACAAUAUUGCUCCAAAUCCAUAUGCCUCUCCGCAGACCCGCUACCAAGGACCUGGGCAAUAUACAUCUCAGCCUAGUGGGCUUGAGUAUAACCCAAAUCAGUCUGCUCGCUGCUACUAUGUUGAACCUAGAAAUGUGUAUCCUCAAGGGAAUCAGCCCAAAUAUCAAGACCCUUACUACCCAUCUGCACAAGGCUACGGAGGGAGGAAUGGCUCUGAGGCUCCCUAUGCACAGCAAGGAGGAUGGAAACCUGAACCUGCUUACACUCCUGCACCUGCUAUGGGGCAACAACCUCCCGCAUCAUACCCACCACCUAACACUAAGAAGACCUACAUCACUGAUCCACCUUAUGUUCCACCACCUCCACAGCAGCCAAAGAUGUCAGGUUACCCAGGGCAAAGCUCCUCUCUCCGGCCAGAGGAUGAACUUGAUCGUCUUACCAAGAAGAUGUUGUACGAUAUGGAGAACCCACCUUCAGAAGAGUACUUUGGCCGCUGCUCACGCUGUGGAGAGAAUGUUGUAGGAGAAGGUACUGGAUGCACAGCAAUGGACCAAGUAUUCCAUGUUGAAUGUUUCACCUGUAUGACUUGCAAUAGCAAGUUACGUGGACAACCUUUCUAUGCGGUGGAGAAGAAGGCUUUUUGUGAGCCCUGCUACAUUCGCACGUUGGAGCAGUGCAAUGUUUGUGCCAAGCCAAUUAUGGAGAGGAUUCUACGAGCAACUGGGAAGGCGUAUCACCCUCACUGUUUUACCUGUGUGGUGUGCUUCCGCAGCCUGGAUGGCAUUCCUUUCACUGUUGAUGCUUCUGGACACAUUCACUGUAUUGAAGACUUCCACAAGAAGUUUGCACCAAGAUGCUCUGUGUGUAAGGAACCAAUCAUGCCUGCUCCUGGCCAGGAGGAGACUGUUCGGAUUGUAGCUUUGGAUCGUGACUUCCAUGUGCAGUGUUAUCGCUGUGAGGACUGUGGAAGCCUCCUCUCUGAAGGGGAGAAUCAAGGUUGCUACCCGCUGGACGGACACAUCCUUUGCAAGGCCUGCAAUUCUGGUCGUAUCCAGGCCCUGACUGCCAAGUCUAGUACCGAUCUGUGAAUGAACAGCACCUCCACUUGAAUAUUAGAAAAAUGCCCAGUGCUUAUUUUGAAUUAUUUUCUCAACUGAACUGCCAUCUGCAGAUAGAGAUGGCUGUAAUCACCAUGCCUUGUAGUAAUCCCUAUCUAGGUUAGGUCUUGAUUCUCGGUGAUACAUUGAAAGGAAGGCCAAUAUGUCAUUAUUUAAUGUGCACAACUGUAACAUUCUUGCUAUUUAGCCUCAGCAAUACUUGCAGUGCAACAUAGGCAGUUGUAAUUAGCACUUGUUGGGGAUAAAUGCAGAGAUUGUGCACUUAAUGCAGCAGGCAAUGUAAAACCUGCUUAUGUUUUGUAAUGCCCUUGAAAAUCCGCUAUAUAUUGUUAAUGGUUUAUGUCAAUAUGAAAGAUCAACAGUUUUUUUUUUUUUUUUUAUAUAAUGGCAAACAAAAAGUGGAUAGUAUUUAUUCACUGUGCUGAUAACUCCAGUUUUUCGCCUUUCACGGUUUGUUUGUAGUGCAGGCAGAGAAAACCCUGCCACUAACUUAAAGGCAACAGGGCACUGAUUAACCAGACAGGCCUUUAUAUUGGGGUUUUAAAACAUUUGAGCCUUUCAUGUUACCUGAGAUAUACAAAGUCGGACCUUAAAUUCACUGGGCAGAGGGAGGUUUUCUUGAAGAUCUAUGAUUCCUUGCUCUCAGCUCUUGUUUUUCCUUUCAUGGCUUUGCUCCUUUAUAUAGCACACUAUUUGGCUGCUGCUGGUGAUGGCAUUUUAUGUACGUGAUUGGAUAUUUUUAAAUGCGCUUUAUCAGUGGUAUGUGGUUACGAAUAUGCAAGCACAGACACUCACCUGCUUACUGGUACACUUGUGGCAGAGCACAAAGCAGCACAAUGCAAAGCUUAAGUUUUUGAUAUGAGACUUGUAACUGUGUGUGAUCAAGAGAUAUGCAAAAGUAAGUUACGUGCCUUAACAUUACAGUUACUUAGUCACGCAGAGUCAAGUGGGCAGCCAGAUUUGUUGCAACACAAGGAGGACAUUCAGAGGCUGUUAUUCUGCUUAGCCCAUAUAUGCAGUGCAUUACUGAGAUCCAUGCUGAAGCUGUAAAUUAUAUUUAACGGUUAUGGGAAUUCUGAUACAUGUAAGAAAAAGGACUUUUCAACAUUUAUGUCAGUGCUUUGACCAAACCUCCAACAGAGCAGGGGCUUUAUAUAAUAUGGGAAUAGUUGAUCAGUCCUAUUUGAGAUACGUAAACCAAUUGUAAAGUUACAAUUGCCUAGAGCCAACUAGGUUUAAUGAUUCUAGGUCAUUGUGUUGAAGUUUGUUCUAGUGCUUAGGAUAUAUUCAUAGAAGCCAGUUUAUAUAAAAUCAUAUACAUAUCCAGUACAAACAUAAACAAAUCUUAGAACAAGAAAUCUGAUUUCCAGGCCCUUAAGAGAAAAAAUAAAUAUUGUAAGUGCCAAUACGUUUCAAGAAUUAAGUUUUGUUUUUAAAGGGUCCAUGUUUUUGUCCACUAAGAUGUGAAGUGCCACAAUGUUCAAUACAGCUGGGAUAAAUUCCCAUGUGUCCAAGCUUUCAUGUCCUAAGCAAGAGAGAGCAAACCUUGGCUCUAUAAAAUGUCUGUGAACUAUAUUUUCCAUGAUGCUCAGCCAGCCUUUAUCACUGGUAAUACUGUUCACAGGGAUCUGUAUUGCAAAGGUUAGCCACCAUUUCCGUACUAUGUAAGAUUUUCUAGAAAACCCUGGUGCAGAUGGCUUACUAGGUUCUUAAUGCUCUAAUGAGGGAAAGAACACCAAAUCAUUGCAAGUCAUUUCUUCCAUUUUCAUUUGCGCUUGUCACACUCCAAUAUACAGUGUAUGUAUCCAACGUUGGAUUUGCUUGUUUCUGAGUAGCUGGUGAAGAGAAUAGACAUGUCUGAAGACAUAGCAAGUCCAGAAUGCCAUGUGAUUGAACAAUAUGAGCCUGCACUUCAUACCUCAUAACAACAAGCUAUUCAAUCAGGGGUAGGAACAAAUUAUGCUUUGUCUUGGUCUAUAGGAAAAAUAGUUGUCGUUCUUUAAUCUAUAUCUGUAAACUAUUAUAUUAGCUAUAAUAAAUAAUAAAGCAUUUACUAUUAAUUAUUGACCUUAAUUUUUUUUAUUAUUACCUGCAUGUCAGCGGUAAGCAGGGGCUUUAUGCUGUAUGUCUGCCAUGAUAUUUCUGGUUAGUCAGAAUAAGCUUGCGUUCUAGCAGUCCAUUAUCAGUUAAAGUUUAAAGUGUCUUACACAUUAUAGGACAACU